CUUGACAAUAGGUUCACGCAAUCAACAAUAAUUUUUAAAACAUUUACAAUUUCCUCAUGAUCAUGUAAAUGAUGAAAAUAAAAUUAAAACUAAAAUGUAACAAACGCUAAAAAAAAAAUUAACCAAAAAAAAAGAAAAUAUUUUAAAUUGUAACCAUUUAUCUCGUAAGAUGCUUAGAUUUCUGAAUAGCGGACCCUGGUCAAGUAUAUGGACUAGUGGACUCCCUGUACAGAAAACUGGUACGAAAAACUUCUCCUCUGAUAUAAAUAAACUCAAGGAACAUCUGAAGCAGUUAGAGGAACUGAAGAAAAUCAUAAAUAGCGAAAAAGUAGAUGCCGAAAUAGCGAAGCUGAAAGAGAGAGUAGAGAAGAUUGGUCAGCUGAUCCGACAAAUGAAAGAAAAUAUGAAGAAACCUGGAGGAGAUGAAUGAUGAUUGAAGAUGGAGAUCAUUCAUGAGAAGAAAAUGUCCCUUGGUUAGUUUCAAAUAAACAUAUUUACAAUUUAAAAUAUAA